CUGAGGAGAAGAAGAAGACGAAGAAAGAGAAGUUCGUCUCUACAGAAUGGCGGUGGGGCGAAUUACAGAGGAAGAAGUAGCAUGUAAAUAGUAGCAGCGCCAGCUCUACUAGGGGCUCCAGGGUUCCGACGAUGGCCCUAUCAUGGGUUGACGGGUCUCGCUAUCACUGGACCAAACCCGUGCCCCGUGAUUGCCCCAUCCUAAAUUCUAGAUUUGAGAUCCUUGUACGGCAGUACGUACCACUAGAGGAACGCAUCAACUACAGCUUCAAGAAUAAGGUGUUCCUUGUGCAGGCAUUCACCCACGGCUCUUUUCCGAGCACAAUGAGAGAUGGCAUUGGGCACAUGCGACCCCUGGACUUCUUGGGAGAUGCCGCAAUUAAAUUUCUGCUAACAGUUCACCUGUAUGGCUGUAUUGAGCCGCUGACGUCGUACGCCCUUACCUUGACGCGACAAAGGGUGGAAUGCAAUCGCUUUUUUGGCUUCCUCGUCGUCCGCCACGGAUGGCACAAAUUCCUCAGGUGUGGGUCCAGCACACUCAACGAUGAUAUCGUCAAAUAUGUCAAGUCCGUUUCGCGCAAGGACUAUGAAGACACAGUGGACUGCCGUCCCCCAAAGCCGCUCGCCGAUGUCUUUGAAUCUCUGGCAGCAGCAAUCUACUUGGACUCCAAUCUGAACCUAGACAUUGUGUGGAAUGUCGUGUAUCCGAUCCUGCAGUCGCAGAUACAACGUGAACUUUGUGAGGUUUCCCGUAGGUGCAAGACACCUUCCAGCUACCAGGAAGGCACAGAAGAAACUUCUGAUCAGAGCACUACAGAGUCUGUAGUGUCAAACAGAUAAAGUGACUGACCUCUAAUAAUGGAAAUGUGCAAGACUUGUAACAGUGGCUUACACCCACUAAAAGAACCAUAACCUCGAACCUGCA